GCAUUGUAUUGUAUGAUUGCUUUUAGCAUAGAGGAGAGAAUAAUAAAAAGAGGGGAUUUGGUGAGAAUCGCAAAACUGCACCCUCCCGUGUCUGUCUGUCUCUGACUCCACUCCCACCUUCGCCUGCGUCACUCACUCUACCUUUCUUUCACUUCCUUAUCAUAUCAUUAUUCUCUUCCAAUUCCUCAACGCGCACUUUCUCUCUUCUCUCCGCAUCUCCAACUCUCUCUCUCACACACGCACUCUGAAACAAAAAAAUAGAAAUAGAAAAAAAAAACAAAAGUUAAAAAAAAAGGUUAGUUAUUCUUCUUCAACCACGCCAUGGAGGGUCUUCCCCAAGGUUACCGUCCCAACGUUGGUGUCUGUCUCAUCAACUCCGAUGAUCAGAUUUUUGUGGCUUCUAGGUUGAAUGUCCCAGGAGCAUGGCAAAUGCCUCAGGGGGGAAUUGAAGAUGGUGAAGAACCCAAAUCUGCUGCCAUUAGGGAACUUCGAGAAGAAACUGGAAUAGUAUCUGCUGAGAUAAUUGCUGAGGUUCAGAAAUGGUUGACAUAUGACUUCCCUCCUGCUGUGAAGGCUAAAGUCAAUCGUCUGUGGGGAGGUGAAUGGCAUGGACAGGCGCAAAAGUGGUUUCUUAUGAGAUUAACAAAAGAUGACAGUGAGGUCAACUUAACUAAUGGGGAAGCAGAACCUGAAUUUGCAGAAUGGAAAUGGGCAGACCCUGAAGAAGUUAUUGAGCAGGCAGUGGACUACAAGAGACCAACUUAUGAAGAGGUUAUAAGAACCUUCAAGCCUUACUUUCAAGGGAGUGGAAUAUCUGCCAAAUGUAAAUCAACAAAGUGGUGAAUGUUAUGAGUGUGCAUUGUAGUUUUAUCCAUUUUCUUAUCUAAUUUCACUGAGUUUGGAUAGCACUCAGCUAUUUGUAAAGGGAUGAUAGUUAGAACUGUCCAUUAGGUACUUGCCUUCUUGUAAUAAUAAGCUAUGUGCAAAUGCCUAAUUUCUAUUCUAAACCUCCCUGCAAGGAUGAUUGUGAAUGUGUAUAGAACUGUUCAAUAAAGUAGGAAGCAUUUGUGCGGCAGAAUAGUGAUCAUGACUAAGUGCCAACGUAUGAGGAGUGGUUUUUAUGAGAAUCUGUGUAAUGGUAUCUACUUUCUAUGAUAUUUGUUUCCUGUGUAUAA